AUGUCCGUCGCUAUGAGAUCGGCCCGGCUCGUGCGCAAUAACUCUGCCCUGCGGUCGGGUUUGGUCGCUCGGCCUUCCUUCUCCCGUGCACUGGGCUCAGCGACUGUCGCAAGCCUUAGGUUGAAUGGCAGGGGUUUCCCACCGCAGCAACUGUCAGCUAUAGCACUCCUAGUAUCCCACCGACGUGGAUUUGCAACUGAGCCGUCUAUGUCCACGUCCUCCUCAGACCCCAUGCCUCCCCCGGGAUUCAACGCUGAACAAGCCAAGAAACCGUACCCUCCAGAAGCAGCGCAAACAGGGAGUGCGGCUGGAAACCAGCAAGUUGCUCCCAAAGCUGAGUCUGUCGUCACCAAUGCUCAGAUCAAAUCCAAGUCGAGCGACACGCCGGUGGCCAAGUCCACGGACGACGACAAGAAGAUUGCUGAGGAGAAAAAGGAACAGAAGAAGUUGACGAUUGGGCAAAAGAUCAAAAAAGAAGCCCAACACUACUGGGAUGGGACCAAGCUUCUUGCUACGGAGGUUAAGAUUAGUUCGAGGCUGGUGUUGAAGAUGGCUGCAGGCUAUGAGCUCAGUCGGCGAGAGCACAGACAGCUACAAAGAACGGUGAAGGACCUUGGCCGUCUGGUCCCAUUCUCCAUGUUCGUCAUCAUUCCUUUUGCCGAGUUGCUCCUCCCCGUUGCCGUUAAGGUGUUCCCGAACCUACUGCCGAGCACCUACGAGGGCCAGAACGCGCGCGAGAAGAAGGCGUUGAACCUGAGCUCCACGCGGAAGGAGGUUUCCGCAUUUUUGAAGGACACCCUGAAAGAAAGCGGUCUACCCGUGACAGCUGCGACCGUCAAGAACGAGGAAUUCGCGGAGUUUUUCAAGAAAAUCCGCACCACUGGAGAAACGCCCUCGACGGAGGAUGUCAUUAAGGUGUGCAAGAUUUUCAAGGACGACCUCACUUUGGACAACUUGUCUCGGCCGCAGCUGGUUGGAAUCUGCAAGUACAUGAACCUGAACUCGUUCGGAACCGACGCCAUGCUGCGGUAUCACAUCCGACACCGCAUGCGCCAGAUUAAGCGUGACGACCGCGCGAUUUUUUACGAAGGGGUAGAGUCACUAUCCGUUCCCGAACUGCAGAUGGCCUGCGCCUCCCGUGGCAUUCGCACCCACGGAGUUUCUCCCGUUCGCCUGCGUGAGGAUCUCUCGAUGUGGCUGGACCUGCGUCUCAAGCAAGGUGUCCCGUCCACACUUCUGGUACUUAGCAACGCGUACGUUUACGCUCAGGGUGGUAAGGAGGCGGAGAUGUCCUCUCAGAUCGAUUCCCUCAAGUCUGUCUUGUCCAGCAUUCCGGAGGAGCUGUUCCAUGAGAUUGAACUGGAGGUGCAUAACGCUGAGGGUGCUGCUACGAACAAGCAGCGCCUUGAGGUCAUCAAGGAGCAGCAAGAGCUCAUUGAAGAAGAGAACGAACAGAACAGCGAGAACGAAGAAAAGGGCGUGGCGGCGCCCAAAGACAUCGAGGACAUUGAUGAAAAGGAAGAUGCCAAAAUUGAGGCUACGAACGAAAGCCAAUCCGACGAGGCGGUCGAAGCUGGCAAGGAAGGCAAGGAGGCUGGGAUGUCCAAGAAGAAAGCCAUCGAUCGACUACGGUCGUAUCAGCCACCUUCCACCAGUUAUGACCUAGUACCUCUGUCGCGACGAGCAGCUGUCUUGGUCCUACUUUAUGCCGACUCCAAGGGGGACCUCCGGGUGGUUCUAACCAUGCGGGCCAAAACCUUGAGUUCGUAUGCAGGCCAAGCGGCCUUACCGGGGGGGAAAGCUGAUUCCCUGGAAGAAACCCCCUUCCAGACGGCCCGACGUGAGGCCCAUGAGGAAAUCGGCCUGGCAGAUAUGGGUCAGCAAUUACCACCACCGUUCGAGGUCGAGCACCUGUGCGAGCUCCCAGCCAAUCUGGCGCGAACUGAACUGGUGGUCCGUCCGUGUGUUGCGCUCCUCCGUUCCUACGACGAGAAGACGAACCAGAAUGCCGAUCCCGAGGUAUCCUUGAUCCCGAAACUGGAUGCGCGAGAAGUCGCCGCGGUGUUUACAGCUCCAUUUGCGAACUUUCUGCGAACGCGGGAUGAAGCGGAUUGGGGGACUCCGAACCCCGAGGAUUGGUAUCAGGGCGCAUGGACGGAAUGGCAUCAGUCGAAUUGGCGAAUGCACCAAUUCUUUAUUCCUAUCUCGCCACAAUCGGUGGUCAAACCCCGGACGAGAUCCCAGCGGCAGAGACAGGCCAUCAGUGCACUGGAGAAGGAGAAUUCAGGCGAGCUCACUCGGUAUCGAGUCUGGGGCAUGACGGCGCGGAUGCUGGUGGAUGUGGCACGGGUUGCAUACGAUCAGGAACCUGAAUUCGAGCAUAAUAGCCACUUUGGAGACGAGGCGAUGAUUGACAAGCUGCGCCGAAUGGGACGGUUGAGUCCGAUCCGUCGUUCGGGGGAUGUUCUGACGCGAGAGGAUAUGGAGAAAGCAGCUAAACUGAGCUAG